AAUAUGUGAUCAAUAUUACCUCACGAGCUAGCCUUCUAAACGUGGUGUAGAGACUGUCUCCGCAAUGCGUCUCCCCACUCUACUCUCGCUCCCGCUACUAUCGCUAGCAACGCUCGUCGUCGAAGCGUUCCCCAAAUCAUACCAGAACGAUGCCAUCUCCCGGUCUGUCGAGCUCGGUGGAAGCGUGACAACAGUGACGAGCACGAUCACUGCCAGGUCCAUAGCGGAUCAGCCGGGAGAUUACGUCUUGCCGCUGGCGGGGAAGACGGGGAAGGUGCCUAUCGCUUGGGAGGUCAGCGUUAAUAGAAACAAGCUGGGGCAGAUUGCUACGAGUAUCGAUCCGGAGACCGGCGCCCAGGUCGUCUACAUCCCGGCGAAUCUGACACAAAAGGACCAGUUGGCCUCGAUCAUAUUGACCGAGUACCUGGCGUAUCAGUCGAAACCUCUCCCAGAGAUCAUCGGCCAGGACGAAGCUCAGUACCUCCAGUUCUCUUCAGAGACGACUUUCCCCGAGACGGCGUACCAUACCAAGAAGAUGACUAUCAAGUACCGUGCUCCCCGCAAGAUCGUUUCUCACUCCAAAACCCCCAACUCCUACCUCCCUUCGGAAUCCACCUCUAAACCGUACAAACUCGCCGGCUCUUCUCUCAACCUCGGUCCCUUUCACAACGUCCCCGCUAGCAUCAAGACGGUCGGAUUCAAGCAGUCUCCUUUGACGAUCCAUUAUGACACGUCGGAACCGGUGCUGGCAAUCAAGACGUUGCAGAGGUUUGCAGAGGUCGGGAUGUGGGGAGGGAAUUUGAACAUGGAGGACAAGAUCACUCUGUUCAACGCCGGACCGAAACUCCGAGGCUUCUUUUCUCGUCUCGACUUCCAAUCCGCUCGGUUCCGACCUACCUUCCCUGCCCAGAUCCUCCGCGAGAUCACCUACCCAAUCCCGGAAGGAGCUUCCUCUCCCUAUUAUUACGACUCUAUCGGGAACAUCUCUACCUCGCACUUCCGACCUUCUUCCAGAGCGGGUCUCCCGGCGAUCUUGGAGAUUCAGCCUAGGUUCCCGCUUCUGGGAGGCUGGAGUUUCGAGUUUACCGUCGGGUGGGACCUCAACCUAGGAAGUUGGAUGAAGACCGUCGGCGGGGACAAGAAGAUGCUGGCUGUGCCGUUCAUGACAGGGUUGAAGGGAGUUGUUGUGGACGAGGCCGAGUUGAUCGUCACCUUGCCCGAGGGCGCCAAGAACGUCGAAGUUGUAGCGCCUUUCCCUGUGGCCGCUGUCGAGCAUUCGGUGCACAAAACCUACCUCGACUCUACCGGUCGACCUAGGAUCACCAUCAAGAAAGCUCUGGCGUCUGAGAGCAACGAGCAGAACAUUUACAUUACGUACACCUAUCCCUUCUACGCGUCCUUGCAAAAGCCAGCCGUCGUCACCCUGGCUUCCUUGACGUUCUUUGCAAUUUACUGGAUCGUCAAGAGAUUGGACAUGCGGAUUGCAAGCGCUAGCGUUGUCAAGACCAAGACUGAGUAAGGGAAUAUUAGAUGUUUCAGUGCGAUGCCGAUCUAGGCGUAUGAGAUAUACAUGCGAUUUGAAGGACACGCUGAGAUUUGGAGCUUGGAAUAUGAUGAGCGUGCAUGAGGAACAUGGUAAAGACGAACAUUUAGCAGACGAAUAGAAGCCAGACAACGCACUUGAAGCUUAUGGCGCUACUGAGAGCCUCGGCUUGGAUAGCAAGACAUAGAUUGCUUGCAUCAUGAACAACGAGCGAUACGGAAACGAUAUAUUUCCUUUCGUUGCCUUGAUUCUAGCCAGACGGCACCCGCUUGCUCGUCAAUUGCAAGGCUUUGCAAGGCGCUAACAGUACCGAUUUGGGCGUCGUUGUCGCUGAGGUCUUAUCGUCCAUUCAGACUUAAGCUGGAGUCGAUAUUAA